AACAGACAGAAACCAGUAUUGUUCAGUGUUUCUAAGGUAAAGACUCAAUACCUCUGUCCCUCUCUCACUCUCUCUCUCUCUCUCUCUCUCUCUCUCUCUCUCUCUCUCUCUCUUUCUCUCUCUCUCUCUGUACCCUGACGAGGAGCAUCACUAGGAGAGAAAUAUGUUGAUGAGGUGGAACAGUGAGACUGACCACAGGCAUCACACACACACACACACACACACACACACACACACACACACACACACACAAAAGUGAUUUCACUUCAAAGUUCACUAGAACUCUAUCAGCAACACCCUGCUCUAUAAAUAACACAUUGCAUGAGAACAGACAGAAAUAAUUCUGAAUAAUUAUAACAAAUUAAUCAAAUCAAUCAAUCAAGUAGUUGAUGUUAAUGGGAAAGUGAGUGAGGAUGAUGAUGAUGAUGGUGCAGUGAGUCACUGUGGGUUUUCACUAGACUCAUAGAAAAGGGUUCUGUAAGGCAUCAGUGGAGAAUUCUGGCUUUUGUCCCUCCUCAGAUGGUUCUUCAUGGAACUCUUAAUAAUUGGAAUGGAACUUAACAUAGAACCUUUAGGUGUUCCUCCAGACCCAGAAGGGCAGUUCAGGAAAAUGUGGAAACAGCAUAAAAAAAAUCUGAAUCUGAUAUUUAAUAUUUAUUUAUUGUUUAAUCCAAAACUUUUCUCUUUAUUCAAACCUAAACAAUUAAAGUGUUUAUAUAACUUCAGCCCUGUGUGUGUGUGUGUGUGUGUGUGUGUGUGUGUGUGUGUGUGUGUGUGUGUGUGUGUGUGUGUGUGUGUGUGUGUGUGUGUGUGUGUGUGUGUGUGUGUGUGUGUGUGUGUGUGUGUGUGUGUGUGUGUGUGUGUAUGUGUGUGUGUGGGUGGUUUGCAUUGUUUUCUUAAAGCAAUUCUUACUUAUUAAUGACACACACACACACACACACACAUAUGAAACAGAAAUGACAAACAAUAAACUGUGAAAUGUGUGUGUGUGUGUAUGGUGGAGAGAGGUGUGUGUGAGGUCAGCAUGACAUAUAAAAGCCAUCACAGUGAGACACAAACACUCACUCACAUUGAAAGCUGACAGGCUUCACAAGCCAUCACAUCUGAACCUCACACACACACACACACACACACACACACACACACACACACACACACACACACACACACACACAGAGAGACUCAGGAUGGUGCAGAAAGGACAGAGCAGUUGUCUUCUGGUCAGCUGCAUGCUGGUGAUGGUGUUAACAGUGGUUGACAGUCAGGAGAACGUGAGGCGUGCAGUGACGGAGCAUCAGUUGAUGCAUGAUCGUGGUCGCUCCAUUCAGAGUCUGAAGAGACUGAUCUGGCUGUCCAGCGCCAUCGAGAGGCUUCACACUGCAGAGGCGCGCUCUUUAUCCUCCCCUCACACCGCCUUCAGUCAGAAUUAUGAUAUUGGUGGUGAUGAGGGUAAUAAUGAAGAUUACUCCAAAUAUCCCUCUGUGAUAGACAGUAGGCUCCAGCAGGGGGCACUAGAGCUUCUGAUUAGAAACAUGUACAGAGCACAUCCUCCAUCCAGAAGACACGCAAACACACCGCACUGACUACACAAACUACACUGACUAC